AAAUUAUUGACCAGAUAUCAUUAGACCAUCUUAUACAAGAUUUCACGCGGGGAUUAGAAAAGGAGAAGAACGAGAGAGCGUUUACAACGACAAUAAUUCUAGUGGCGUCUCAAAGCUUGAUCAUUUUGUCUCUCUUUCAUUCUCUCUCCUCAAUUGCGCCAAAUAGUAGCAGAAACCCGAGAAUAAAUCAUUGACAAGAUCUCUCUAUAUCUUUCUGAUCCUCUCAACUCUAACCCCAACUCUUUCUCUUUCUAUAACCAAGUCUUUCCCUAAUUUCUUCUUCAUAAUCUUAUUUAAAUUUCCCCCCUUUUAAACAUUAUUUGAUUUUAUUUAUUAAUUUCUUCCUACCCAUUUCAUCAUUUCUCAGAAAAAUUCAAUCUUUAAUGUUUUGAUCGAUUGAUAUGAGCUGUUGUGCAUUUGGGUCGGAGUGAUUUCGCCGGUAAAUCAUGCCUCCGGCAGUAAAUUUGAUGGAAAUGGCGGAAUCGUUGCCGUGUUCUUCUUCAAUGGAGUCGCGUUUUCCUGAUCUUAGAAGUGUUCGAUGGCGUAUAAAUCUUGGGGUUCUUCCCUCUUCUUCCUCCUCCAUUGAUGAUCUUCGCCGCGUCUCCGCCGAUUCUCGUCGUCGGUAUGCUGCCUUAAGGAGGUGCCUCCUUGUUGAUCCACACGUAACCAAAUUUAGUGACAAUUCUUCAGAUCUAGUUGUAGAUAAUCCACUAUCCCAAAAUCCUGAUAGCACAUGGGGUCGCUUUUUUCGAAAUGCAGAGUUGGAACAAAUGGUUGACAAAGAUUUAUCUCGCUUGUACCCUGAGCAUGGUAGUUAUUUCCAGACACCAGGAUGUCAAGGCUUGUUGAGGCGGAUUUUAUUGUUGUGGUGCCUUCGACAUCCAGAAUGUGGUUACAGACAAGGGAUGCAUGAACUGUUGGCUCCUUUAUUAUAUGUACUUCAUGCUGAUAUUCAGCAUCUUAAUGAAGUUCGCCAAAUUUAUGAAGAGCACUUUGUAGACAAAUUUGAUGAGGUUUUGUUGCAUGAAAGUCAUGAUUUCAAUUUCAAGAUAUCUGUGAAUAGUCUAGAAGAUGAUGCUAGCCCUCAAGAAAGACCCAGGAAACAUACGAGUUUUUCUGAACUUGAUGCCAGUGUACAAACCAUUGUUCAGCUAAGUGAUCCUUACGGGGCAGAGGGUGAGCUUGGCAUUUUGUUAUCCGAAAAGUUUAUGGAACAUGAUGCAUACUGUAUGUUUGAUGCUUUGAUGAGCGGAGCAGGUGGUGCUGUAGCCAUGGCUGAGUUUUUCUCCCAUCCACCUGCAAAUGCCACCCAAACUGGCUUACCUCCAGUCAUUGAAGCUUCAUUGGCACUUUACCAUUUGCUUUCCAUUGUUGAUUCCUCACUGUACAAUCACCUUGCUGAACUAGGUGUUGAACCUCAAUACUUUGCUCUUCGUUGGUUACGUGUUCUAUUUGGCCGUGAGUUUUCUCUUGAGAACCUGCUGGUUAUCUGGGAUGAGAUGUUUUCAUAUGAUAACAGUGCAUCUGGUACAGCUCCUGCAAAUGAUCCUGGGGUCUUGAACUCCCUCAGGGGAGCGUUUAUCUCUGCCAUGGCUGUAGCCAUGAUGCUCAAUGUGAGAUCUUCUCUGCUUGCCACUGAAUAUGUCACUUCGUGCCUUCAAAGAUUACUCAAUUUCCCUAAAAACAUAGACCUGGAGAAAUUGAUAGGAAAAGCGAAAUCUUUGGUGGCACUUGCUCUAGCUGCUAACGUUCCUUCACAUUCUACUCCAGUGAUUGGGCUUGGCCCCCUUGGCCCCCAGAGCAAGCAAAUGGCAGUGAAAGGUCAUGCACAUAGCCUUUCAUUUGAUUCACGUGGUCCAGGAACACCUGUGAGUCUUGUACCUGAGACAUAUUGGGAAGAGAAAUGGAGAGUUGCACAGGAGGUAGAAGAAACUAAGAAGGAAACUUCUGCCAAACAGGUAUCAUCUCAGAAGAAAGGUUGGACAGAGAAGAUCAAAUCAAGGUUAUCUAGAACGGAAUCUGACCCAUCUCCAUCAAAAAAAGAAAGUAGACAGAAGGAUAAAAGACCAGCUGUCAGAAGAAGUCUGCUUGAAGAUUUGUCCCAGCAGCUGAACUUUGGGGAAGAUUCUGAAGAAACAGAUCAUGAUAAAUUUUCUUGUCUCGAGGACCCCCGUUAUAUUGAGUCUGAUGUAUAUGUUCUAGAUGCUGAGCAUGAAAAUGAUGCUUACUCUGGCGAGAGAUGUUCUGGCCUGAGUAUUGCCAGUGAAGAGCAUUCUCCUGCCUUUUCAGAGCCACUGAGUCCUGCUGAAAAUGACUCUGAGAAGAGCAGUAAUGCAUCACAUGUAUCCCAUGAUUCAAUUGAUGGCGAAACCCAUGAUUCUUCUUCGUUUCAGUCCACUGCAGAAGAGUCACUGCUACCAAUUUCUGAUGCUCCGGAUGCAAAUGCUGAUGGAUUGUUUGGUUCUGAUAGUAGCUCAAAAGAAAUAUCAGCAACAGCUUCAAAGGAACGAAAAGGUUUAUCUGGGAAGUUUCAGUGGUUCUGGAAGUUUGGGCGCCAAUCUUCUGGUGAGGGAACUUCUGAUAAAGGGCCUGAGGUUGAGGAUGUAAAAUCAUCUGAUGCAGGAAGUCUUCAGGUAAAUAAACCAGGAUCUUCUGUUGAUGAGACAAAUUACAGCCUUGCGAAUAUAAAAUCAGAUGGCUGUGACCAGAAAAUGUUAUGUGCGUUGAGGAACCUUGGCCAAUCUAUGCUGGAAAAUAUUCAGGUAAUCGAGUCAACAUUCCAGCAAGAAAAAAGUCAAGCUGGCUCAUUAGAUAGCCUUUCUAAACAUGCCCUUGUUGAGAAAGGGCAGGUAACUGCAAUAACUGCUCUUAAGGAGCUUCGGAAUAUCAGCAACCUUCUACGGGAGAUGUGAGGCUGGUUCAACUUCUCUUUCACCUGUAUAUAAUAUUGAUUUUGUAGCUAAAUGCUUCUACAUGUAUACAAAGAAUAAAGAGAAAUUCUGUAUUAGCUCAGCUUUAGUAGAUUGAAUUGUCUGAGAGCCUGAAGAGCAAUUUGUAAAUGAGAAAUGCCAUUUGUUUCUUUGAAUCCGUUAUGGAUAUCCCAUUUUGUCGAUUAAUUGCAAA